UCCACCUACGGUAGCACCGACUCCCGCUCCAACCCCUGCACCAACUCCAGCUCCAAUGUCAGCACCCACACGAUCACCACCAGCUCCAACUAAUCCACCCAUGCUAGCACCAGCUCCGACUCCGACUCGUGCACCGACACCAGCUCCGACGCCGGCACCGACUCCUGCUCCCACGCCCGUCCCGACCCCUUCUCCGACGCCAGCACCAACCCCUGCUCCGACACCGGCACCGACUCCUGCUCCCACGCCCGUCCCGACCCCUUCUCCGACGCCAGCACCAACCCCUGCUCCGACACCGGCACCGACUCCUGCUCCCACGCCCCUCCCGACCCCUUCUCCGACGCCAGCACCAACCCCUGCUCCGACACCGGCACCGACUCCUGCUUCAGCACCGGCACCGACUCCUGCUCCCACGCCCGUUCCAACUCCUGCUCCGACACCCGUCCCGACCCCUUCUCCAACGCCAGCACCAACCCCUGCUCCGGCACCGGCACUGACUCCUGCUCCCACACCCGUUCCGACUCCUGCUCCGACACCCGUCCCGACCCCUGCACCCACGCCGGCACCAACCCCUGCUCCGGCACCCACUCCGACUCCUGCUCCUGCUCCGACGCCGGUACCAACCCCUGCACCUACACCAGCAUCGAUAGUUGCUCCUACACAAGCACCAACCCUGACACCGACGCCCUCACCAAUACCUGCUCCGACUCCUACUCCAACGUCCACAUUGACCCCUACUCCGACACCAGCUCCAGCUCCUGCACCAACCCCUGCACCGGUGCCGCCACCUUCAACGCCCAGACCACCACCACCACCCCAAGCUGUGUGUCCUGCCGGCUUCAGUAACCUAGAAGCGUUUAACUCUGCCGUUCUACCCUAUGCUUUACGCCGCACUAUUCUGCUUUUGGUAUCUAAGCCGAGCAUUGCUCUCUUCCCGCCCACCAUCAAAACAACAUGCCUUUGCUAUUUCUCAACUAGCACCACGAUCGGCAUCAUAACCGUUCCCAGUGUCAGAGGCCCCAUCGAAUGCGUGCCUGCCCGAACUGCUUGAGCAUAUGCAUGCAACGCACUUGCAGCGCAAAUGUGCACAUGUUGCGAAGCCAUUUCCUCAUACUUAUUUCCUAUUGAUCAGGCCACCUACUAUAUCAUACUACUAUUUGAAUAAGUAGCGUGCAUGAAUGUGCGUCUGCAUGCCGAGAGACUGACUUGUGUGUUGAACCUGCGGUAAACAAAGAGUUGUUGUGUUGCUCGUGUAAUGAGUCAUAUGUAUUUGUAUGUGCAUGUGCUCAAAAUACAAAAUACUAUAUACAUAUUCUUGAAGCA